CCCCAACGAUGCUUCUCAUCCAGCGUGCGCCGAGCAGACUCUCCGCCAAAUCCCAACUCUACGAACCAUGAAAGAACUACGCAUUUUGGAUUCCAGACCGUUCCCGAGUCCGAGAAGGAGGCUAGAGUCGCCGGUGUAUUCAGCAAUGUAGCAACCUCCUACGAUAUCAUGAACGACUUCAUGUCUCUCGGGAUCCACCGUCUCUGGAAGGACUACUUCGUCCGCUCCAUCAACCCCGGGUCCUCCUCGAGCCCCGACCAACCCUCGCAGGGCUGGAAAAUGCUCGACAUCGCCGGCGGCACCGGCGACAUCGCGUUCCGCCUCCUGCAGCACUGCGACGAGAUCAACAACUCGCCGCAAUCCACCAUCACCAUCUCGGACAUCAACCCGGCCAUGCUGGACGAGGGCCGCAAGCGCUCCCUGGCCACGUGCUACGCCCACUCGCCGCGCCUCGACUUCCUCGUCGCCAACGCCGAGCAUCUCGACGCCAUCCCCGACAACUCGGUCGAUCUGUACACCGUCGCCUUCGGCAUCCGGAACUUCACCAACAAGGACGUCGCCCUGCGCGAGGCCUACCGCGUCUUGAAACCCGGCGGCCUCUUCGCCUGUCUCGAGUUCAGCGGCGUCACGAACCCCCUGUUCGAUGCCGUCUACAAGAGGUGGAGCUUUGGCGCCAUCCCGCUGAUAGGCCAGCUGGUCGCCGGCGAUAGGGAUAGUUACCAGUACUUGGUCGAGAGCAUCGAGCGCUUCCCCAAGCAGGAAGAGUUCAGGGAUAUGAUCAAGGAGGCCGGGUUUUUGAUUCCUGGGAAGGGCUGGGAGGAUCUGACGGGGGGCAUUGCAGCUAUUCAUAAGGGUAUUAAACCUGUGGAGUAA